UUGUUGGUAUUGGAAAAGGAACAAAAAUGCUGAGGACUAUGUUGGCAGGUUCCAAGAAGUACACUGCUAUUGGACUACUGGGCAAAGCUACAGAUACAUUAGAUGCUACAGGAAAAGUAACUGAAGAAAAACCUUAUGACCAGAUAACAAAAGGAGAUCUUGAAAAUGUGCUGCAGAAGUUUACAGGGGAGAUAAUGCAGGUUCCUCCGCUCUAUUCUGCUUUGAAGAAGGAUGGAGAAAGGCUAUCAACUCUGAUGAAGAGAGGAGAAGCAGUUGAAGCAAAGCCUGCUCGGCCAGUAAGAGUAUACAGCCUCUCUCUCCAGCAGUUCCAGCCCCCACUGUUCACACUGGAUGUUGAGUGUGGUGGUGGCUUUUAUGUCAGGAGCCUGGUCAGUGACAUUGGCAAAGAACUCUCUACCUGUGCCACUAUGCAAGAACUGACCCGAACCAAACAGGGGCCAUUUACUCUUGAGGAGCAUGCCCUGUAUGAAGACAAAUGGACAAUUGAUGAAAUUGCACGAUCCUUGGAGCGUUGCAUGUCUCUUCUCCCAGGAGAGCCAUCUCAUAAAAAAUUGAAGACAGAGCAUCCUGGUGAAACUGCUGUGAGCUGUGAAGAUAAGUGAUAAGUUGGGUCAAGGAAAAAGACUGAAUGAUUGAGACGUUUUAAGAUUGGAUUGGGAUUGUCUUGCCUCCUGUGUAAAUUUCCAAGUCUGCACUGGGAGAGUGACAAACUACAGUGCAAGAGAAAUGGUUCUUUUGUUUUCUGGGGCUAGAAUAUGCAUUGAAAAUAUCCAGUGCUUGCUAUUUCUUGAUCUUUUUUUUUUUUCUUGCACACUGUAAACGGGUCUGCCACUGAUGUAAAAUCUUCAUAAACUUUUAAAUAACUUGUGAGAUGCAAUAUAGCUGUUAUUGCUAAUUUCUCAAUUAAAAAUGCUAAA